AUGGCAACGAAAUCGAUUCUCAAACUCGCUGGUGAUCACUCUUUCACGAAUUCUUCACCGUUCUCAAAGCUUCUCGAUUCAUGCAUCAAAUCCAAGUUAUCACCAAAUGACGUCCGUUGUGUCCAUGCUUCGAUCAUCAAAUCCCCUUUCGUCAACGAAGUCUAUAUACAGAAUCGUCUCAUCGACGCCUACGCGAAAUGUGGUUCACUCGACGACGGUCGCAAAGUGUUCGACAAAAUGCCUGAACGAAAUGUAUUCACUUGGAACUCUUUCGUGACGGCUCUGGCUAAGUUAGGGUUUCUCGACGAAGCUGAUUCUCUGUUCAAGUCGAUGCCUGAGCGAGAUCAGUGUACUUGGAACUCGAUGGUUUCGGGAUUCGCACAACACGAUAGGUGUGAAGAGGCGUUGCAUUAUCUUGCCGUGAUGCAUAAGGAAGGGUUUGUGUUGAAUGAAUAUGCGUUCGCUAGUGGUCUCAGUGCUUGUUCUGGUUUGAAUGAUAUGAACAGAGGUGUGCAGAUACAUUCUCUGAUCGCGAAAUCGCCUUGUUUGUCAGAUGCUGUUUACAUAGGCUCUGCUCUUGUUGACAUGUAUUCGAAAUGCGGAAACGUCGACGAUGCUCAGCAUGUUUUUGAUGAGAUGGGUGAGAGAAAUGUUGUGACUUGGAAUAGUUUGAUUACGUGUUACGAGCAGAACGGUCCUGCGUUGGAAGCUCUCAAGGUUUUCCAUAUGAUGUUGAGAGCUGGUGUUGACCCUGAUGAGGUUACGUUUGCAAGUGUGAUAAGCGCGUGUGCGAGCUUGUCUGCGGUUAAGGUUGGUCAGGAAAUUCACGGACUUGUUGCGAAAAGUGGGAAGUUGAGGAAUGAUAUUAUUCUGAGCAAUGCUUUUGUGGAUAUGUAUGCAAAGUGUGGCAGAAUAAAAGAAGCUAGGUUCAUAUUUGAUGGCUUGCCUAUCAGAAAUGUGAUCGCGGAGACCUCCAUGAUCAGUGGUUACGCGAUGGCUGCGAGUACUAAAGCUGCUAGGCUCAUGUUCACCAAAAUGAAGGAGAGGAAUGUUGUUUCGUGGAAUGCGCUUAUCUCUGGCUAUACGCAGAACGGGGAAAACGAGGAAGCACUUGGUCUCUUUGUUCUCUUAAAGAGGGAAUCAGUAUCUCCAACGCACUAUACCUUUGCAAAUAUCCUCAAGGCGUGUGCAGAUCUUGCGGAGUUGCAGCUUGGGAUGCAAGCUCAUGUCCAUGUGUUGAAGCAUGGGUUUAAGUUUCAGUCUGGUGAAGAAGCUGACAUAUUUGUUGGCAAUUCCUUGAUUGAUAUGUAUGUGAAAUGUGGUUGUGUGGAAGAUGGUUAUCUUGUGUUUAGGAAGAUGAUGGAAAGAGACUGCGUCUCCUGGAACGCGAUGAUUAUUGGAUUCGCACAAAAUGGUUAUGGAAACGAGGCUCUUGAGUUGUUUAGAGAAAUGCUUGACUCUGGAGAGAAACCAGAUCACGUUACCAUGAUUGGUGUUCUUUCUGCGUGUGGACAUGCUGGAUUAGUUGACGAAGGGAGGCAUUACUUUUCUUCCAUGACCAGAGAUUUCGGUGUGGCUCCGGUUAUGGAUCACUAUACCUGCAUGGUCGAUUUGCUCGGCCGAGCUGGAUUUCUCGACGAAGCAAAGAGUAUGAUUGAGGAGAUGCCUAUGGAGCCGGAUUCUAUCAUAUGGGGCUCUUUGCUUGCUGCUUGCAAAGUUCAUAGGAACAUUACAAUAGCUGAAUACGUUGCAGAGAAGCUUCUAGAAGUAGAGGCGUCGAAUUCAGGACCGUAUGUUCUUCUUUCCAACAUGUACGCUGAGCUCGGACAGUGGGGAGAUGUGAUGAAUGUACGGAAGGCGAUGAGGAAAGAAGGAGUCACAAAGCAGCCAGGAUGUAGCUGGAUAGACAUACAAGGACAUGCUCAUGUUUUCAUGGUUAAAGAUAAAAGACAUCCUCGAAGAAAGCAGAUCCACUCGCUUCUUGAUAUUCUAACAGCAGAGAUGAGACAGGAGCAAGAAGAUCAUGACGAAACAGGAUCAUUCUCGUCUGAGGAACUUGAUUAUUCAUCUAGACAUUGCCAUGUAAGUCCCUUUACUGGAUAG